UUCAGUCGCGGGUUGAUCCUCCGCCAGUCGACUUGGGGGCGGCGGCCGAGCGCUCUUCCACUCCAAAUUGCAUGUCUGAGAGCUGUGGAUAUCGGAAGGUCGAUACACCCAUUAUUCAGAGUGCAAGGGCUACUACGAAUUUGUUCCUCGAUUACAAAAGAAAUAAAUAAUGGAAACGAGAUAUUCAAGCAGCCACCGGAUUCACUAGACUUUGAUUAAACGAGACAACGCAAUUAGAAAUCUUCCAGGUCAAGGCACAACCGAACAAUGUAAUAAGGCGAAUCAAUGGCCAGAUGAGCAAUGAAUCGUCGCCGGCACUCCGCUGAGGGGCCAUGACGCGGGACGGGGACAUCCCGACCAUCUUCAACCCCCGAGGUCGGAACCGCGCGCCCAGCGUCCUGGUGACGGAUGAGGGAGUCGCCAACGGACCGUUCGCCCACGCGGACUCCGUCAGCAGCCAGCAGGAGCCCGUCGAGCCCGCGUCUCCCACGGCUCCCACGGGACUCGCGGCCAGGAUCAAGUCCUGCUCCGUCUCUUUUUGCUCCAAAUCGGCACGGAAAAUUUAUUUCGGGAUAUGGAUAACCGUCUGCGUGACAGCUUCGUGGGUGGGGGCCACCCACUGCAUCAAAUACCUAUACCUACGACGACCCAUAGUGGACAUGGACGAUGAUCCAGUACUAGUACCGCACGACACCACCGGACUUAACAUGACCGCUCUCCAAAAACAGUAUGCCGCAUCAUAUCAAGCCCCCUUUUUUACCACAUGGUUCGUCACCAACUGGACCAUGCUCUUUUUCCCCCUCUAUUUUCUAUGCCGCCUCAGCACCGAGCGGUGCAAGUCCGUCUCCGACAUCUUCUCCGAGAGCAUCCGCGGCUACCGGGACAAGGGUUUCACCGCAGGGAGGUUCAUGACCAGGUGCAGCCUGUUCUGCAUCCUGUUCGUCGGAACCAACUACAUGUACAUCAUGUCGCUGAGGAUCCUUCUGGCCACGGACGUAAUGGCCCUUUUCGCCACGAACGUGUCCUUUGUGUACCUCCUCUCGUGGGUCAUUCUGCACGAGCAGUUCGUGGGGAUCCGGAUAAUGGCUGUGAUUAUUUGCGAUACAGGAGUAGCCCUCCUAGCUUACAUGGAUGGAAUCACCGGAAGCCCCACUUUAGGCGGCGUCGUGCUGGCAACAUCUUCGGCAGCAGCGUCGGCGGUUUACAAAGUCCUGUUCAAGAAAGUGAUCGGCGACGCCACCUUCGGACAAGUAUCUUUCUUCUUCUCCCUCAUAGGAAUGGUCAACGCCGCAUUACUCUGGCCGCUGAGCUUGGGGUUGUUUCUAACGGGGGUGGAAAGCAUGCACUGGGACAAACUACCCUGGCCUGCGUUGCUCACCGCCAGCUCUCUUUUUCUAGUUGCCAAUUUAUUGACCAACUUUGGUAUUGCCCUCACCUACGACUUGUUCAUCACGUUGGGGUUGAUAACGUCAGUUCCUGUAUCCGCGGCACUGGACGUAGUGUUAUAUGGUGCUAACUUCGAAGGGAUGAAACUGGCAGGGAUGAUCUUGAUCGCCGUAGGAUUUUUCCUCGUCAUGUUCCCCGACAACUGGCCCGACUACAUAACAAGACUCUUAAGAAAUAUCAUCAUGUUGAGUCACAGUGCCAGGUGGAGCAGGCGGAGCAGGCAUGGAAUGCAGGGAACUCAUCGCCGAGACGUGGUGGAUUAUCGUACAGGUUAUAUACGUUCGCACCUGAGGUCGCCUUCGGGUAGGGUGAGGUGACCUAACCCAAAUCCAAACCCAGCAAUCGACAUGGAAGAGUAUCUGCUCACUUCGUUACUCUAGAGUCUAGAGUCUAGGUUAAGGGUAGACGUAAGUAUAAAGAUGACUGUGUAAGAGUAAGUUGGUUAUUAAACAAGUAUGAAGAUAUCUAAUGUUCCCCGAUAUCACUUUUUUAAUGUAAUGUGGGGUGGUUCAAAGAACUUUCUCAACAAAUGUUUUUUUUUACUUCUCUUUCAAAAAUAAUCUUGGGAGUUUAAAUUUUGCAACGGUGUCAAAAUGUCAACAAAUACCUCCAACAUUUGUCGCUUGGAAAUUGUUUUUUGAAACACCCUGUAUAUUUUUUACUAAGCGUUAUCUGAAUAUUGUAAUAGGUCAUUCUAACGAACGUCUAGGUUAUAUUUCGUUAGUUAGCGGUGUGUUUUUGGUUGGAGUUUGUCAAUUUUCAGUUAAGUACUUUGUUUGACUUUGUACAUAAAUGUGUAUCGUUAUCUGUGUCUACUAUUUAUUUCAGUCAGCUGUUUAGCAGUUUUUUUUUAUUUAUUUAAAAAAUAAUAGCGACUGGAAUGACUAGUAACACCUUAUCAGCUGCAAUCUUAGGGUCCAAUUUAACUUUUUUCGCAACAUAUUUCCGAUGACUUUUUGUUUUGUACAGAGAAAAAAAAAUAAAAGCAAUAAUUGCACAUAAGUAAAGAUGCUUAAAUGACGAUGCUUUAACUUGAAUAUUUUUUUAGGCGUAGACUCUAAUAGAAAUUCGAUUUCGAAAUGUUUAAACAGCAUUAACCCGAAAUUCCCUUCUGUCAGUACGCUAGUGUAAACACUAGGGCUGCCAGGACUGUAUAUGUACGUAUCAUGUUAUAUCUUAAAAACAAAUAGUACCUUAAGAGACUACAACACACCAUGAGUAGAUAAAUAAAGGCGAUCAAAAA